CUUCUUUUUUGUGGCAAAAUCUUUCGAAACGAAGAUCUUGUUCACUUGCUUUAGCCCAAUGCAAAAGUGGGCAACGUUCAUGUUGGGUCUUAGUCACUCUUUGAAAGUUGGGUGGUACUGUUCUACGUGUACGUAGAUUGUGAGAUAAGGCUCUUAGAGUGGAUUGUCUUGCCCAAGGGUUCAUCGGUACAUAUACGGUUCAUAUCUCGUCACAAAAGGCUGAUGUUUGACUAAUAGAUCCAAACAUUCACGGAGGUGUGGACGAUCCGAAUAUCCCGACCAAAAAUCAUUCUCGAUCAACACUCAUCAUUUAAUCAGUUUUGUAUGAAGUGCUUCAUACUCAGAAGAGACUUUACCACAACCCCAAAAGUGAAAAUCACCAAGUGGGCUCGAUAUGAGGUUCAGUCUCACUAUUUCCUCUUGGCAAAACCUAAUCGUGAUAUUUGUAUUUCUUCUGGGAGUCGCCCUUCUUUACUCCACCAAUUACCUUUUCUGUUCAGAUCGUGUCCAGAACACACAUAUCAAGCCUAAUUCCGCUGUGGUGCAAUUGCAGCGGAUCAAACACCUAAAUCAAGAAUGCUUGCAAUACAAAGACGAAAUUCAGGCCCAUGACAUGAGGCCCAAGUACCAUUUGUUUCUGAUGGAGCCUCAAACCGGUUUAACGUAUUGCCACGUGCCAAAGGUAGCUAGUUCGUUUUGGUACUCGAUCUUCUCAAAGAUGUUCCACGGCGUGCCAAAGAAGUUGGACCUGACCAACUUACAUUCGACAAUGUUAGAUUUGUCCAAGGGUGUGGAAGAAUUACCCGAGAGUGCGUUCAAAAUGAUAUUUGUGCGUCAUCCUAUCAAGAGAUUGGUGUCGGCCUAUGUGGAGAAAUUUGUCGAUGUUCCGGAUAAACAUUUUGUUGCGAGUGUACAGAAAUUCAUGCAAAAACAGAAAGCAGCAGGAACCACGAACUCAGGAAGACCGAAUAAAGAGAUCACUUUUCCAAUUUUCGUCAAGUUCGUCAUUCACGAAACACGGGAAAACGUGAUCUCCAGUGGAACUCAACAUUGGACCCCUUACACGAAUUUAUGCCAAAUCUGCCGAUCCAGGUUGGAUUUCGUUGGCCACUUGGAAACCUUGAACGAUGAUGCGGAGCUUCUCAUUGAGUUAUUCCCCGCCCUUAAAGAUUUUGUUCCCACCAAAACGAACCGCGUCAAGGACAAGACGGAACAUAACGCCUCACUCCGAGAUGACAAGGAUCGAACCCGGAACUACUUGGCUCAAUUGGACCCAGACACUCGGAAAGAACUACUGCAGAUCUUCAGUGUUGAUUGUCGCCUCUUUGGAUAUGAUUGCUACGAGUUCGGGUCAUGAUCUUCUCUGCAGAGAUCUCUAAAGGCUAAGCAUCUCAAUGGAUUAAACGCUCAAAAUAGUCCGUUUAGACAUCGAUGGAAAACAUGAAACGACAGAAUAUAUCCGAUUGUAAAAUCUCCUAUCGCCCUCUGUGUUCAAUAAAGGCUUCGCGGAUUUGACUUGAAA